AUGUGGAAGCAGGGCGACCGGGACGGCAGCGAGCCUCGCGAAGGCGCAGAUGCCGAGGCCGAAUGGCAGAGACCGAGACAAGGCCUCUCCGUCUCUGAUCUGCUGUCCUCGACGACCACUCCAGAGCGGCCACGAUCCUCGCGCACGAAUAGCGGUCUGCGCGAGCAGACAGAGCGCAGCGUCGACUCGCCGCAGCAGCAGACACAGACGCCGCAGCACCUCGCUCCGCCUCAGGGCUCUACGUCGUCUGUCUCCCGGCCGUCGUCUGCGGCAUCGGCAACGCGCGUUCCGUUGAGCAGCGCACAGCGCCCAUCGACCGGCGGCAGCGCAAGCCAUGUGCCACUGCCCGAGACCACCUCCACGGACAGCAGCGGCGUGGCGUACCAGUACACGGCCGUGUCACAGAUCACGCAGGGGCGCGAGAACAUCGAAUAUCAGCUCACGGUGCGCGAGCAACCGAAGCACUCGCGCAUGUGUGGUGUGGGCGAGAAAGCCGAUCGCCGACCCAUUGACCCGGCGCCGAUCAUCCAGCUGCGCGUCAUCACCCACGAGGCCAGCUCGCGCGACCGCUCCGCGAGUGGCGCGAGUGAUCACUCCGGCGGUGCAGCUGCGGGGUGUUCCUCUGCCUCGCGCCUCCGCCGCGGCGUGCCCGUCACGACCCAGCGUGGCGAGGGCUGGGAGGACAAGGCCUGGUACCUCGAGAAUCCUUACUACUUCAUGUACGCCAUGCUCGCCGACGCCGACACGGACGAGGAGCUCCACCUGCUGCAGGACGGCAAGACGCGCUACACGACGGGCAGCUGCGUGUCGUGCCUCUACCAUUUGAAGGACAUCGACGGAAGCCACCAGGGCUUCUUCGUAUUCCCGGAUCUCAGCAUCCGCGUCGAAGGACGCUACCGGCUGAAGCUCUGCCUUUUCGAGACCAUUGGACACGAGGUGCACCACUGCAAGUCCAUCUACUCGACACCCUUCAGCGUGUACACCGCCAAGCGCUUCCCGGGCAUGGAAGAGUCCACGCUGCUGUCCAAGUCGCUCGCAGACCAAGGACUGAAGGUGCGCGUGCGGAAGAACCCUCGAGCUCGUCGCGGCCGAGUCGGUGCGAAGCGAAAGGAAGAGGGCCAGAGCGACGAGGACUCGGACGGCGAGGGCGCAGGCGGUGCACGGCGGCCGCUCGCUGGAGAGGAUGUGGUCAUGCGCGACGCCAAACGCAUGCGCAGCGACUCAGCCGCCCAGCCGCCCAGCCGUGGUGCGUUCGCCUACGCGCCGCCGGACCGCGACCCGCGCGAGUACAACGAGCGGCCAGGCUACGCAGACGAGGCCAGCUAUCGGCGACCCUUGCCGCAAUCGCCGUCGUUCAGCAGCCAAGAGGCGUUCUAUCCGGCGCCGCCACGGCGCGCUCCCGAGCUCAUGCAUCAUCCAGCGGCAUCGCGGCCGCCCUUCGAGGAUCCGAAUGCUCCUUACGGCUCAGCGCAUCCGCGCAGCUACGCGCCCGCUCCGCACCACAGCCAAGCCGCCGCCUCGCCGACGGACAGUCCGCGCUCGCAUCGCUCGUCGCCGCCGCAUACGUACGACGGAGCACUGCGACGCCCGAGCCCAGAGGUGCACCCCGUGCCGUAUCGCACAAUGCUCGCCGAGCCGACGCCACGAAUGCGCGCGCACUCCAAUGCGGCUCUGCAGGCCAGCGCGCAAGCGGAAGGCAGCUACUACGGCCGCGCUCCCAGUGACAUGCGCCCGCCGCAGCUUCCGCCUCUGCAAGCCGGCGGCAACGAACCGGCACACGCUGCUCAUGCUGCCUACCUCAGCAGCACCUCCUCGCUGCGCGAUCGCUCCCGCAGCGACCCGUCGUCGCAGCACGCCCUGCUGCGGCGCGACCCGCCGCUAACGCGCCAGACGCACUCGUCCGACACGCCGGCGCCCUUCUCGGACCGCACGCUGCCGCCCCUGAUGCAGCCGUCGUCGCCGUACGGCCCGCCGUCACACGGCAUGCGCGAGCAAGCGCCGCAGCAGCUGCCGCCGCCGCCUGGCGGGCCCAGGAGCUAUGCGAGGCACCAGGACGACUACCGUCCGUCGCCGAGUUCCGGGCCGUCUCGCUCUGCCGCUCCGUACUACCCAUCACAGCAGCAAGGAGAGCCGCAUGCGCCUGGCCGCGUCGGCGCCCCGGCGUACGCUGCUGAGGAUCGGGAGCGCGGCUAUGCGCCUCCGCACGGCCGCACGACGCCGCAGCAGCAGCAUCAGCCGCCGCAGCUUGGGCAUCCUGCGCAUCCGCAGCAGCAUAGCCCUCCGAAGAGCGAUCGUCGGGAGCAUCAGUCGCGCUACCAGUACUGA